AAUCUCAAGCAAGUGUAACUACCGGAACUGAAGCAAAAGGAACAGUCCAAAACAUAAUGGUGCAGAAUACUAAUUUUAACAUCUGGGAAUCUAAUGGAGGUCAUAGAAAUACCAAUUUAAGACAACCAGAUACAGUCUUAAGAGAGCUUCAAAACAAUCAAAUAUUGCUCCAAUUGGAUUACUGGAAGCUGAAAUACUUUGAAAGUUG